CCAAAACUUAGCUAGAUCCAAGAGAGUCCAGGUGUCGGACUUGGAGGUUGUUGUGCUGGUCUGUGGUGAAGGACAGUUUUUGAGGGGACAGACUUCUUUUCUGUUCUGAUGGUACAACUGGCCAGGGUAGGAGCUUGGGUACAAAAAUUGACAGGCUCCUAAAGGGGAGUGAUGGAGUAGCCCCAGUUGUAGUAGCUCUAGUGCAGCCUGACUCUCCUGCCUGUAUGCAGUCUUGAUUAUACCAGCUAGUGAAAUGCUACAGCCUGGUACAUUAUUUUGCAUCCAACAUUAGGGAGAGCACAGUGUUAAUGAAAGCUGGUUGGUGCUGCCUGUUGCUCCUUGACACCUACUGUGGGUGGGUGCAUAAGCUAUAUCGAAAGAAAAUGAAUAACCCCAGGAUAUGUAUCCAGCUAAAGGUGGGAAGUGAGGGAGCUUGCUGCUGGCAGCCGGAGCUCCCCAGUGGCUGGGAGGAGGCGAUUCCAAAGCAAAUGCUAAGCAGAGCCUCUGUACAGACUCCAAAGAGCCUUUGCACUAGACUAGCUGCAGGGGAGCCAAGGGCUGCGGGGCUGUCUGUUGCUUGGGGACGGAAGAACUUUAAUGAGUGAGGCUGCCUGAUCUCCGCACUGAUGGGUGAUUUUAAUCUCAUUUCUCCGGAUAUUGGAGCUGGUGGCUGCAGGUGAAUUACAGUUUUCACUCUUAAUAUGAUACUUGCUGCAUAUGAGGUGCAUGCCCAGGGGACUCUGACUCCUUGUUCUGUCUGAUACAGAAGAGAGAGAAAGCCAUCUCUGUGUGGGGGUAUGUAAACUAACGGAACCCAGGCAUUUGCAAUUCAGAUCUUCAUCCUUGCUUGGCUCCCUGAAAAAGAUACACUAUGCCAGAGCAGAGCAAUGAUUACCGAGUGGUUGUGUUUGGGGCUGCAGGGGUUGGUAAAAGCUCCUUGGUCCUCCGUUUUGUAAGGGGAACAUUCAGGGAAACGUAUAUCCCUACAAUCGAAGACACAUACCGACAGGUAAUCAGCUGCGAUAAAAACAUCUGCACCCUCCAGAUCACAGACACCACAGGCAGCCAUCAGUUCCCUGCCAUGCAAAGGCUAUCUAUAUCCAAGGGGCAUGCCUUCAUCUUGGUGUACUCUGUCACUAGCAGACAGUCCAUGGAAGAACUUCAGCCAAUCUAUGAUCAGAUUUGUCAGAUCAAAGGGGAUAUUCAAAAGAUCCCUAUCAUGUUGGUUGGUAACAAGAGUGAUGAGACCCAGAGAGAGCUGGAUGCCAGUGAAGGGGAAGCUUUGGCCAGCAAGUGGAAGUGUUCCUUCAUGGAGACCUCAGCAAAAACUAACUACAAUGUACAGGAACUCUUCCAAGAACUCUUGAAUCUGGAGAAGAGAAGAGCUGUCAGUCUUCAGGUUGAUGGAAAAAGAUCAAAGCAGCAGAAAAAGAAGGAUAAACUGAAAGGCAAGUGUUCUCUUAUGUGAUUUGCCUUGAUUUUUUUUCUCCCUCUCCCCCUGGACUCACAUCACUGCAUGAUGCCAUCAGAGCAUGGACUUUUUUUUUUAAUGAAUAUUUGCAUAGGCAUCUGCUAGAAAUCUAAGAACAAAUGUCUUGAAGGUGUCCCAGCUUCAGCUUCUCUCUGAAACCUCAAUCGGAACAUCCCAGCUGUUGGCCUGAGGAAAGUUUUGUGCAUGUCUCUUUGUUUUUAAACACUUAACCCAGCAUUAAAUGUUGACCAUUAGGCCUUGAGCAACAACAAUAAAAAAAGUUUACAAAACAGAACAGAAAUGCCAGAGUGUGUAUUGAAGCAAAACUCAUCUUUGUUAUCCCUGUGAGCAUAUAGUUGGUUUUUAAAUAUUCUCAGAUUAUGCAUUAGCCUGAAACAAAACACAUAUUUUGCCUACAAUAUGUAUAUGUUCUCUUCAAGGAAAAAUAAUAUUUAAACAAAAAUAUACUGACCAGAAUGAACCUCUGACAUGGUGAGGGAUUCUUACAGCUAGGGGACAGACACAUGAUUCUUCUGGAUAUGUACAUUUUGGGUGAGAAAGUGAUUUCUUUACCAAAGACAUGUUUGUUUCAUAAUAAAAGGAAUUUUUUCAUAUAUGCCCUGUUAUGCAGCUACUGGCAUUUUACAGUUAUGUGAAUUAUUAAAGUUAUUCCUGCAUGUAA